AUGGCCGGCUCUCCCUUAAAGCCAGCUUCCUCACUACUUAACAAUGCAAUCUCCGGCACAGCUCUUGCAACCGACUUCUUUGAUGAGGGAGACUAUGUCUUGAUCUUGCGGCAAGGUUGCGGUGCUAUCGCUCCCGGCAACAACAUCGCUUCGCAGGAUACCGAAGGCCAGCUCGACGAGUGUCUCACAGUGCCUACUAAAAAGGAUGACCUCUUGGUGGCCGUCCAAAUCGCUGUCUAUCAUUGCGGACUCAAGACUGGAGUGGCAUGCUGCUUUGAUGUCAAAGUGACGACGACGAUCGAGGAACUCGCACAGAAGUUCUGCAGAACUGACGGCAAGCCUGAUGGUUACUACACCAUAUUGGUUCAUGGAACGCCAAUCGGAGGCUCUCAAACCUUGGCUAUGGAGACAGAAGUCGCAGACGUGCCUUUGAUCAACUUGAGGGCGAUCGUAACCGAACAUCUCGAUAAGAAUGCACCCGCUCCUCCAACGAUUUCUUCUGAACAGAGACACUUGUUGCAGAUUCGAGUUACGCAGACACUUAUGAACAGGUACUUCCAGCAAAAGCCGAACAUGGAGAUCCACGAGCUGAACAGGAAGCGCGGGUCGGGCGUCGAAUCUGAUGGUUUCCAUAUUGUGUGGAUCACAGUACACGAUACACAGAUAAAUGGAGAGUGUACUUAUAGCCAUGUAUUCUUCAAGAUCAACAAGGACGUCAAGCUCUGGGUAUUGGCUCGAUCUCUAUGCCAUGCUCUGAGGAAGCCAGCCGGACACUACGUCAUUUUCUACGACGCCUUUUUGAUCCGGUCGACUGACACACUGGCAACGUUCCCGAUAGCCUGGAACAGGAAGAACCGCAUCGGGAUUCAUGCGUUCCCCCGGCAGGUUGUGAAGCUAAUGGUGGACAAUUUGUUAGAUGACCAGAUUACACGCGACAACUUUUGGUCACAACAAGGUACUUUAGAGCGUUUACGCGCCAACCGCAGAGAGGACUAG